AACACUGAAUUGCCCACGCAGCGCUGCCCCACACUUUUUGCUACAGCUCGUAGUUUUCCACAGUUUUCCUAAAAAUUACACAUACUUAGAAGUUUUAAGUAAACAAAAAACAAGAAAAGGCUACUUUUAAGACCACCUGCAGUGAGUCAGCCAAGCGGAUUAUCAGAAAUAGCCGGAACCCUCAAAAUAGCCGCGUUACUCCAGCCGAAAUGCCCGUAAAGAAUGGAGAAUCCGAUGGCGAAGGCGACGUUUCUGGCGGAGAAUCGGAGCACUCGAAUUCCAGCCAGGCACAUGACACAUCCGACGAGGAGGAGGCCAACGAAUGCGAUUCAGAUGACUCCUCGGAGCUCGAUGCCAGCGAAAUCGAGCGCAGGAGGGCGGAGCAUAUGGAGGAUUUGUUGAGCUUGGAGCGGCAGUUCAACACCUUGCGGGAGCAAUACUACUUCGAACGCAUCAAUCUCAUCGAAAGACAACUGGCCGAGGUGCGUUCCGGUCGGUCGGAGGAGUUUGUACAGCCGCAAAAGGAACUGGACAAGGUCUAUCGCACUAGGAUCGAGGUGGCAGAUGUCCUGCGCAAGUUCCGCCUGCAGAAUAUCGAGCACAAGUUCCAGUCCGAGGAACAAGCGGCCGUCCAGCACUUUGAGAGCGAAAAACACAUGGCGGUGGACAACCUGCGCGAGGACUUCGUGGAGCGCAUCCGCCGCCUGGAGGAGGACCGCCAUAACGUGGACAUCUCGUGGGCCGACUGGGGCACCGACAAGCGGCAGAGCAAGGUGCGCGGUCCGGGUCGCAAGAAGGCCGUCACCGUCACGGGGCCAUAUGUGGUGUAUAUGCUGCGCGAGGAGGACAUCAUGGAGGACUGGACGAUCAUACGCAAGGCCCUUAAGCGAUCCUCCUCGUCGGCCACCGCCGGAACAGUCACGCCCACCUCGGGAGUGGGCGUGAGUUUGGCCGGGCUGCCGGCAAUGGCCGGUGCCAGCGGAUAGCGGUGGGGCGCGGCAGCUGCCUACGCCCACCUGACGCGUACCUGACGGCAGCGGCCGAGGAGGCAGCAGCCGUAGACGUAGAUGUGUAGUAGCAGCGAUGUAGCAGUAGCAGAGCUCAAACGAGCCCGAACCAGACUUAUUGUACGUGCUAAGUUCGAUCCUCCUCCCACUUCCUCUUCCUCUAGAUUUUAGUCGUAGAGCCUCGAGCACCACUCUCAGAAUAAUGCCCCCCAUCCAGACGAUGUAUGUAAUUUAUGCUAAACAUUAAGUGCAAAAUAAAAGCGAACUGCAGCCAAGUGGAUGUGCGGUCAACAUAAAUCUA